GGCAGCAGUGGCCUCAUAUCUGAAUGGAAGCGAGCUUUGUCCAGACCACCAUGGCUCUGGGGCUGCCCUCCAAGAAAGCAUCUUCCCGCAACGUGAUCGUGGAGCGCAGGAACCUGAUCACCGUGUGCAGGUUCUCUGUGAAAACCUUGCUGGAGAAGUACACAGCAGAACCCAUUGAUGAUUCAUCUGAGGAGUUUGUUAAUUUUGCAGCCAUUUUGGAGCAGAUCCUCAGUCACCGGUUUAAAGCUUGUGCCCCAGCAGGUCCAGUGAGCUGGUUCAGCUCAGAUGGGCAACGGGGCUUCUGGGACUACAUCCGACUGGCCUGCAGCAAGGUGCCCAACAACUGUGUGAGCAGCAUUGAGAACAUGGAGAACAUCAGCACAGCUCGAGCCAAGGGCCGGGCAUGGAUCCGGGUGGCUCUGAUGGAGAAGCGUAUGUCAGAAUACAUCACCACAGCUCUUCGGGACAACCGAACCACCAGACGGUUCUAUGACUCCGGAGCCAUCAUGCUGCGGGAAGAAGCCACUGUCCUUACGGGGAUGCUGAUUGGGCUCAGCGCCAUCGACUUCAGCUUCUGUCUAAAGGGCGAAGUUCUGGACGGGAAGACACCGGUGGUCAUCGAUUACACGCCCUACUUAAAGUUCACCCAGAGCUACGACUACCUGACGGAUGAGGAGGAGCGACACAGUGCGGAGAGCAGCACUAGUGAGGACAACUCGCCUGAGCACCCCUACCUGCCUCUGGUCACCGACGAGGACAGCUGGUACAGCAAGUGGCACAAGAUGGAACAGAAGUUUCGCAUUGUCUAUGCACAGAAGGGAUACCUGGAGGAGCUGGUGCGUCUGCGCGAGUCGCAGCUGAAGGACCUAGAGGCAGAGAACCGGCGGCUGCAGCUGCAGCUGGAGGAAGCUGCAGCUCAGAAUCAGCGUGAGAAGCGGGAACUGGAAGGAGUGAUCCUGGAGCUGCAGGAGCAGCUGACAGGUCUGAUCCCCGGUGACCAUGCCCCCCUGGCCCAGGGUUCCAAGGAGUUCACUACACCUCUGGUCAACCAGUGGCCCUCCCUGAGCACACUCAAUAGGCCUGAGGGUGCCAGCAACUCCAAGCUCUAUCGGAGACACAGCUUCAUGAGCACCGAGCCGCUGUCUGCAGAGGCCAGCCUGAGCUCAGACUCCCAGCGCCUGGGAGAGGGCAAGCGGGAUGAGGAACCCUGGGGCCCCAUUGGGAAGGACCCCACGCCCUCCAUGCUGGGCCUCUGCGGCUCCCUGGCCUCCAUCCCCAGCUGCAAGUCCCUGGCGAGCUUCAAAUCCAACGAAUGUCUGGUGAGCGACAGCCCCGAGGGCAGCCCGGCACUUAGCCCGAGCUGAGGAGCAGCAUGGGCAAUGCCAGCCCCACCUGCCAGGGACCAUGGACAACUGCCACCAUGACCCCCCAACCCAGGCAAACCUUCAAGAAUGCUGCCCACCUAGCUGAGGGUCUCUAGGGAAAGACAACCAAACCUCUUUCUUGCUUCUGCUUCCAGCCAAAGAGGCAGGAGCUGCACUGGGAAGUGGUGGGGCCAGGAGGGAGGGGCACCCAGGGCACAGGAAGCCAGGCCCCUGGGGAAGCCGGUGGUCCUGAAGCCUUCCUGGCUCCCUUUGCUCAUCUUCCACACCUGCCUCAGGAGCAGGUGGCCCAGCCCUGGCAUUCCUGCUGCCCUGCCUCUGGUCUGUCCCUGUGUACCCUCUGA